AUGCCAAAACGUAAAGCUGCUGCCCCAUCAUCCACACAAACUCUAGAACCGUCAUCAAAUAAAAAGAAAAAAUCGGAAGAGAAGGUUGAAUUGCUGAAUAAAAUAUUGAAUGCACUCGAGGAAAAUAAUGCAUUACAAAAAGCCUUGCUCCGACAUCUAGGAGGAAAAGUUCCUGCUCUUCCUUCAUCAUCAACAGCCAAUUCAAAUUCAACAAAUAGGACUGCAGCAGUUAAUUCAGUUUGUGAAAGUAGUGAAAGUAGUGAUGAAGAUGAAAUAGUUAGUGAUGAUGUUGCAAUAUCAUCAAAACGUUCGACUAUUAAAACAACUUGUCCAUGGACAGGUUCAAAUCUGCAAGAACCUGUUCAAUCUAAGAAAUGUAAACACGUAUAUGAAAAGGCAGUGGCUUUCGCAAAAUUGAGAACUGGAGGGGGUUAUUUUGAAUGUCCUAUUAUUGGUUGUAAGGAAUGCAGAAUUACUAUAGUAGACCUUGUGGAAAGUCCAUCCCUUGCUUUACAAAUCAGAAAGGAAAUUAAGAGAAAAGAAGAAGAAAAGAGAAAAAAGGCAGAAAGUUCUGAGGAUUGUUGA